AUGGCUGAAAGAGCUUGCAUGUUUGAGAACAAAUUCGUUUCCAGAUGUUCCAAGGCACGUGGAUUUCGUACAGUCAUCAACGUCCGGUUACAUCAUUUAUUGGAUGCAUCAAAAGAUGGUUACGGAGCAGUAUGGUACCUAAGGAUUGUCAACGACAAAGGUGUCCCGCAUUGUUCGUUUGUUCCAGGCAAAACUUGCGUAACUCCCCUGAAAAUGGUGUCCAUACCGCACCUCGAGUUGGCAGCAGUAGUGGUCGCUGUGAAAUUGAGUUGCCUGAUUCGAAAUGAAUUAGAGUAUCUCAAACAUGAUAAAAUCUACGGUACAGAUUCUACCGAAGUCUUGCAGGACAUAUGUAUUGAAUUAAGAAGAUUUUACACAUUUGUUCCUAACAGAGUUACCAUGAUAAAGGCCAGAUCCACACCACAUCAAUAG